AAAAAGAACAUCCAGAAUGAUGACCCCAGGCCUGCCUCUGGCUGUUGGAGGGAGAGGGAGAAGAAGGAACAGAGGGGGACACAAGGGACUCAGGAACAGAGGAGGCUGAGUUAAGCUUCAUGCAGUUGCCGGGUGCCAGUGGCUGGGAGAUAAGCAGAGGCUCGUUACAAAUCCGGAACUCCGAGCCUGACAUGGUGGUGAAUAUCUGUAAUCCCAGAACCUCUAGGAGGCUGAGGCAGGAGAAUUGCAAGAUGGAGCCCAACUUGGGCGACUCAGCAACUUAGCGAGACCCUGUCUCAAAAAAAAAAAGGCUGUAACAGUGCAGAGGCACUAGGUUCAAUCCCCAGUACCGCAUAAUUCAAAUCUUUCAAAAACUUUUAAAACCUGGAACUGAGGAGGGACAUGCAUUCUGUUCCUGCCCCAGGCCCCAGGGCAGCCUGGGCUUAUUCCUGCACCCAGCUGGGGCCCAGGGGAGUGACCCUCGGUGUCCUCAGUGCUGGCUUUCGCCCCGCCUGCAGGUGUCUGACCUAGAGACGGGGAAGAGGUACGUGUUCCAGGUGCAGGCCAUGAAUUCAGCCGGGCUGGGGCAGCCGUCGAUGCCCACUGACCCUGUGCUCCUGGAGGACAAGCCAGAUGCCCACGAGAUCAAGGUUGGUGUGGAUGCAGAAGGCCAGAUCUACUUGGCUUUCGAAGCCCCUGAGGCCCCCGACGACUCAGAAUUUCAGUGGUCCAAGGAUUACAAGGGUCCGCCGGACCCCCAGAGGGUCUGGGUCAAGGAUGAAGUUAAUAAGUCCCAGGUCAUCCUGAAAGAACCUGACCUUCAGGACCUGGGCACCUACUCAGUGGUAGUCACGGACGCCGAUGAAGACAUCUCUGCAAGCCACACGCUGACAGAGGACGAGCUGAACAAGCUGAAGAAGCUGAGCCACGAGAUCAGAAACCCAG